CCUAGCCAAAUUCAAAGAUUGGGCUAACUCAGCUCUCCAGAAAAUUCUUUUCGUCCUCCGUGCUCCUUACAUCCUCAGGAGUCUCAGGACCCUAAUCACUCGCUCUGUGCAACACACAAUAAAGCUUCUUUCAUACUUUACCCUUUAAUCUGAUAUUACUAAGUCAAGCGAGUCGCCUCGCCGGAGGGAUAUACCGCUGCGAUAAAGUUUCCAUCUCAUUGAGCCGCCGAGCUUCAUCCGUCUCACAUCAAAAUGCCUCGGUACUACUGUGACUAUUGCGACACCUACUUGACUCAUGACUCUCCUUCAGUCAGAAAGCAGCACAAUUCUGGAUACAAACACAAGGCAAAUGUAAGGAGUUAUUAUCAAAAGUUUGAGGAACAGCUAACACAGGCUUUGAUAGAUCAAAGGAUCAAAGAGCGCCUUGGGCAGGCAGCAGCAUACCAGCAAAUUGGCGCCGCAUAUACUCAACAUCUUGCAGCAUUCCCAGGCCAACCACCCCGCAUGCCUAUCAUGCCACCUCAUCUUCUUCCUAUUCCUGGAGCCCCAUAUCCCCAAUUACCCCCUGGAGUAAGGCCUCCCAUACUGCCUAGACCUCCUCAAGGCGCUCCAGCUUAUGCAGUGCCUCCGAUGCUUGCACCAGUUCCUGGACAACCCCAGGUGGGACCACCUUUACCCAUGCAACCCAGCAGUGAUAUGCCGAUACCAAAUUCUGCCACACCGGUGCCUAUUGGAGUAGCUCUAACUGCUACUUCAAGCAGUAAUCCAGUCCCUCUGCAAGCAACAUACCAGGCUAAUCCUACCGUAAGUGCCCCCCCUGCAACUAACCCUCUGUCAGGUAACUACACGUCUGCACCCCCUUCGGCUCCAGCUCCAGCUAACGAGCCUAGUUUCUAGCACCAUCUCAACUGUACUUAUUCAGACAGCAUCGUUCACUUUGAAAUGAGAACAUUUUGAGCCCAAAAUGCAUUUUUAAAAUGCAGAGACUGCUUGUCCUAUGUUUUUUCCUGUUUUUUUUGUUGUGCUCUUUUAAUGGAUAUUGAUUGGGUUGGCUUAUUCAAUCCGCGUAAUAUAUGUUCUCUAACUCUAGUGGAGCUCUCAAAUAGGUUGGUCAAGUGGGGUUUGAGUUCAGUUCUUCUCGGUUCAGGCUACUUUGUGUUCAAGGUUACUUCUGGUGUUUAGGUCAGUUUGGCUUGCAUUGGGAAAUGCAUAUUCAUGACUUAGUGUCAUUUGUUUUAAUCGACUCGACGAGUUUUGAGUGUUUA